CAAAUACGUACGCGGAAAAAACCGGGGGAGGCCAAGGAAAGGAUGAGAGAGAGGCUGUGUUUGGAUAGGCAGCAGUGAAAAGAGGGCAGCAACAAGCAGCAGAGAAUUGCGAACGUCAACAGACAACAACAACCGAUCGUUGAACUGCCUGCCUGCCUCUCUCUCGCCCGGCAAAACAAAUACAUAAGGAAGUUUGUGUAUGAGAUUUGAGUUCAGGGACUCUGUGUGCAUAACAGCCAUGACUUCUUCCUUGCAUGAUCUUUCUGCUGGUUGUCCAGAUAAUAGUGAAGCUGAUGAGCAGCAAAAUGAAUCAGAACCCCAGAUUCAGUCUUCAUCUCCUGCAAUGGCACAGGCACACCCACACCCACACCCACACCCGGGCUUCUCAACUCCAAAUGUUCAGUAUGCAACUCCACAGCUUGGAGCAGGACAUGCUAUGGCACCAGCAACUUACCCAUAUCCAGAUCCUUAUUAUAGAAGCAUCUUUGCUCCAUAUGAUCCUCAGCCAUAUCCUCCACAGCCCUAUGGUGCACAACCGAUGGUCCAUCUUCAGUUGAUGGGAAUUCAGCAAGCUGGAGUUCCUUUGCCAUCUGAUGCUGUUGAGGAACCUGUAUUUGUUAAUGCAAAACAGUAUCAUGGUAUCUUGAGACGACGACAAUCUCGUGCAAAAGCUGAAUCAGAAAGCAAAGCAAUCAAGUCUCGGAAGCCAUACUUGCAUGAAUCUCGGCAUCAGCAUGCACUGAGAAGAGCUAGAGGAUGUGGGGGUCGGUUUCUCAAUUCGAAGAAAAAAGAGAAUCAAGAACAUAAUGAAGUGGCUUCAGGAAGUGAUGGUGGUGCACCCAAUUUGCUCAGAAAACAGUUAUUCAUAGAUGGGGUUCAGGAAACCCAUAGCCCUAUAGUCCCAGUAUUGCUUCAUUGUGGUUCUGCACCCCACAAGUCAUUAGUAUGUAUAGCCAUUUCCAGUAGUUGGUUUGUAGAAGUCUGCAAAGAAGAUAAGAGGCGUUCAACAUUAUCUUUGCGCCGAUGGAUUUUUUCUAGUUCUUGUACUUAACGAGCAGAUUGAUGGUUAAGUUUGCUGUGAGGGUAUUUCCUUGCUUUUAUGAUGGGGUGAUGCCUAAGUAUUGGAAAAUCUGAUCAGACCUUUUUCAUAGGAGCUUAAUUUCCGAGUUACAUGGAAUUUUUUUGGGGGUUUUCUUAGUGCUCCAUCAAGGAAAUUGUAGAAAUAGAACGGCAGUGUUUCCAACUUGUUAUAAUCAACAGUGUAGAUGUUACAAGAAAUAAAGCACGCCUAACUCUUGUUUGAAACCAAACAAAGAUUUGAU